AUGAUUUAAAAUUAUGGGUUUAUUUAAAACCUAUUAGAAUUCAACAAUCCUAUUCUUUAUCAAUAAGCAAUUACCUUUAAAUCUUAUUAAUAAGAAAUUAUGGCUAAAAAUAGAGCUUUUUCAAUUAAACAAGAAUGCAAUGAAAAUCUUUUUGAAUUUGGACAAUAGUUGAUUGACUUUUAUUACUAUGAAUUCUUUGUAAAUGAAAAGUAAAUAUUAUUUGAUUGUGUAGUUUACCAAAUAAAGAACAUAAAUACUUUUCUUCUUUUUCCAAAAUUCAUUAAUUAAGGUAAGAGUUAUUAAAUGAUAAAAAUUUGGCUUAGAUUGCUAUAAAUUUGGGGUUGAGAGAAAAAAUAAAAGUUUCGAUUAAUAACAAUUAAAAUUCAAUGUAAUUCAUUAAAUAAUAUAAAGAAACAAUCAAAAAAUUUAGGCUUAAGCUUUUAAAGCAAUUAUUGGGGCACAAUACUUUGACAAAAAUAAAGAUUUGAAUAAAUUAAAGAAUUCAAUUUAUUCUCUAUAUAAAGAAAUGAUAAACAGUUAAUGUGUAAACAAUUAGAAUAAUUAUAUAGAAUUAAAAUUUUCCAACUUAAAUUAUAUAAUCUAAUCCAAAAGGAGAUUUUUAAGAAUAUUUAUCAUAAAACCCUGAGUUAAAAUAUUAGGUAAUUUAUGAAACAGAGAAGAACAUUUUGAUUGAUCAACCAAAUACAAUUCACAAAUUUCAACUCUAAUUUACAAAUAUGUUAUAACCUAUAAUCAAAUAGGGCGAGCAAAAGAAAGAAGUUGAAAAAUAGUUAUAUCUAGAUGCCAUUAAAUAAAUUAAAAACUAGAACAAAUAAUUCAUAAAUGAAACCUAAGGUAUAAAUAACUCAAAACUGCCAGGAUAAAUACGGAAUAAUUUAUAGUUUGAUACAUAAUUAUAAGAAAUAGAUUCAAUUCUAAUGUAAAUUUCAAAUUAAAAUUUCCAAAAUCAAAAAGCCAGAUAAACUUGA